AUGGCUGCAGACUCAAUGGAAAUUGAUGAUGGGCUGUAUAGCCGUCAGAGGUAUGUCUUGGGAGACACAGCCAUGCAGAAAAUGGCCCAGUCCCAUGUUUUUCUGUGUGGGAUGGGAGGACUUGGUGUUGAGAUAGCCAAGAACAUUGUUUUAGCUGGGAUAAAGGCGUUGACAAUCCAUGACACCAAACAUUGUGAACCAUGGGAUCUUGGAACAAAUUUUUUUAUUAAAGAAGAGGAUGUCAAGAAUCAAAAAACUAGAGCCGAAGCAUGCCUUCACCAUAUUUCAGAGCUUAACCCUUAUGUCCAAGUAAGAUCAUCUACAGUGCCACUGGAUGAAUCCACUGAUCUUUCAUUUCUGAGGCAGUACCAGUGUGUCAUACUGACUGAAACAAGGCUUUCCUUAAGAAAAAAGAUCAAUAACUUUUGUCAUGAUCAUCAACCACCU